CCUCCAACACAUGAUCAUUUCGGGAUGCGGCUAUUGAAAAGGCGGAGUGCUGCCUUAAACCACAGUCUUGCUCACUUCACCCCCCCGGAUUUCGACCAAACCUAGUCAACACUGCCCCAGGGAUGACGGACUGGAAACCGGAACGAACAGUAGAGGAGUGCAACAAGAUUCUCUGUGCCCCAGGGACUCCUCACGAACUGGAACGACGAGUGGUUGACGGUCGUGUUCAGCGCGUUUACAAAAACUUGUGGCCUUCUCUGCGAGACUUUUGGCUAUGGGCCUGCAACGAACACACGGACAAGACUUUCAUUGUCUACGAAAAGCAGCGAUAUAGCUACGCGCAAACCCUUGCUCGGGCUGCGAAGGCUGCUGAUAUGUUUAGGACCGUAUACGGUAUCCAGAAAGGUGACCGGGUUUCGAUUUGUAGCCGCAACUAUCCUGACUAUAUGGUCGCAUUUUGGGCUUGCCAAUUGAUUGGGGCUGUCGCUGUUCUCCUCAAUGCUUGGCUACCUCAAGAUGGUCAAAUAUUCUGUAUCGCACACACCCAAACGAAGCUGCUGAUCCUCGACUCCGAACGAGCCGAUGUACUGGCUUCUGUCGUCAAAAAAUUGUUCAAAAAUGGGACAAAGGCAAUUCUUGUGCUCGAAAGCGGAAAGCAAACUUGGGCGAACAUGUCUAGCUGGGAUGAAAAUCUAGAAGAAUUCAAAUCUGAUGGGAGUAGUGUCCUUCGUGAAAGUAUCAAGAUUUUACCGGACGAUAACGCAACGAUAUUUUUCACUUCAGGAACAACCGGUAGACCCAAGGGCGUUCUGAGUACUCAGCGUCAAUUUGCCACGAACAUCUUGAAUACCGCUAUCGCUGGUAUGAGGGACACAUUACGACGAGGGGAAGACCUUACUCCUCCCGAACCCGGACCACAAAAAGGGCUUCUGGUCUCCGUCCCCCUCUUCCAUGUGACCGGCUUGACGAGUAACACGAUGCUGGGAGUUUUACUUGGAUACAAGAUCAUUCUAAUGCGCAGAUGGGACGCGAGGGAAGCGGUCAGGCUCAUCAAUACCGAAAACAUAGUAUCUGCUGGAGGAGUGCCAUCCAUGGUGGCUGACAUGCUUGAAGUUGGAGGAUUCUCUGUGGAAGCUCUCAGUUUUGGUGGAGCACCUGCCUCCAAGAUGCUUGCUCACACAAUACAAGCGAAAGUCCCUGGUGCCAGGGCGUUCGUCUCUGUUCUUCCCAAUGUUGUUUCUGGACACCAUAUUGACGCACAUAUUACGACAGGGGACAAGGCUAUGGUGCUACCGAAACCAAUUCUGUUGCUGUAUCGUUUGGUGAGGAUGUUGAUGUUUCGUGUGCUCCCACUCACUAGCUGUAAAAUCUUAAUUCGGACUGUAGCUGGACUUGAUCAUCUGCUGAAGCCCACAAGUUGUGGAUUACCCUCUCCCGUCAAUGACCUCCUGAUAGUGGAUCCAAGCCUUGCAGUCGAGGUUCCUACAGGUCAGGUAGGCGAGGUCUGGAUAAGAGGCCCGAACGUGAUGCAAGAAUAUUGGCGUGAUCCUGAGGCCACGAACAAGGCAAUCACAAAAGAUGGUUGGUUCCGAACCGGCGAUUUGGGAUACCUCGAUGAAGAAGGCUUUUUGUUUAUCAAAGACCGACUAAAGGAUAUCAUCAUUCGUGCUGGUGAAAACAUCGAUUCUGUGUCUGUCGAGAAUGCACUUUACGAAGAACCUGGUGUACUGGAAGCUGCGGCUAUUGGUGUCCCUGAUCGACGUCUCGGUGAACUAGUCGCUGCAGUAGUUACGAUAAAACCGAGUUACAAGGGCAAGGUUACGGAACAUUCGUUGAUUGAGCUUGCCCGUGGAAAGCUUCCGAGAUUCGCUGUACCUGUAAUGGUAAUCGUCCAGACGACCGAAAUGGAACACACUCCAAGUGGCAAGAUCAAGAAGGGGGUACUCCGAACCUUAGCUCGUGAGGAAUGGGAGAAAAGACAAGGAGAGACUCCCAAAAGUAAACUGUAAGGAGAUGAGAUGGAGUAUAUAUAUAUCUCUUUUUGUUUUGCUACGUUGGUAGAAAGGCCGCUUGCCUAGUAAAUUUAUGUUCCCACGGUUCUUUAUGCCAG